CCGGCCGCGGAGCGGGUGCGGGUGCGGGCGCGGGCACAGCGGCCGUCGACCGCGCGGCCGCGCAGCGGACACCCGGCGCCCAGGCCUGAGGCGACUCGCGCGACUGGGGGAGACCACAGAACCUGAGGCCAUGUCCCAUGAAAAGAGUUUCUUGGUGUCCGGGGACAGCUAUCCUCCCCCCAACCCUGGAUACCCUGGGGGGCCACAGCCCUCCUUGCCUCCCUACCCAGGGGCCCCUUAUCCACAGCCCCCAUUCCAGCCUUCCCCCUAUGGCCAGCCAGGGUAUCCCCAGGGCCCCAGCUCCUACCCCCAGGGGGGCUACCCUCAGGGUCCCUACCCCCCAGGAGGCUACCCCCAGGGCCCCUAUCCCCCAGGAGGCUACCCUCAGGGCCCCUACCCCCAAGGGGGCUACCCUCAGGGGCCGUAUCCACAGAGCCCCUUUCCCCCCAACCCCUAUGGACAACCACAGGCCUUCCCGGCACAGGAUUCUGGCUCACCUCAGCAUGGGAACUAUCACGAGGAGGGUCCCCCAUCUUACUACGACAACCAGGACUUCCCUGCCACCAACUGGGAUGACAAGAGCAUCCGGCAGGCCUUCAUCCGGAAGGUGUUCCUGGUGCUGACGCUGCAGCUGUCCGUGACUCUGUCCACCGUGGCCGUGUUCACCUUCGUCGGGGAGGUGAAGGGAUUUGUCCGGGAGAACGUCUGGACCUACUACGUCUCCUACGCCGUCUUCUUCAUCUCCCUCAUUGUCCUCAGCUGCUGUGGGGACUUCCGGCGAAAGCACCCCUGGAACCUCGUUGCACUGUCGAUCCUGACCGUCAGCCUGUCCUACAUGGUGGGCAUGAUCGCCAGCUUCUACAAUACUGAGGCGGUCAUCAUGGCCGUAGGCAUCACCACGACCGUCUGCUUCACGGUGGUCAUCUUCUCCAUGCAGACCCGCUACGACUUCACCUCGUGCAUGGGCGUGCUCCUGGUGAGCAUGGUGGUGCUCGUCGUCUUCGCCGUCCUCUGCAUCUUUGUCCGGAACCGCAUCCUGGAGAUCGUGUACGCCUCGCUCGGCGCUCUGCUCUUCACCUGCUUCCUGGCAGUGGACACCCAGCUGCUGCUGGGGAACAAGCAGCUGUCCCUGAGCCCGGAGGAGUACGUGUUUGCCGCGCUGAACCUGUACACGGACAUCAUCAACAUCUUCCUGUACAUCCUGACCCUCAUCGGCCGUGCCAAGGAGUAGCCCGAGCGCCUGGCACACGCGGGGCCCCACUCAGGUGGCAUGGCUGGCCUGGACCCUGUCCCCAGCGUGGCAGUUCCCCUGUACCUCCCCUCUCUCAUCCCUGUGCGCAGCCUGGGACAGAGGGAGCCCCUCUCCAACCCUCCUGUGUGUACACUGCAG